AUGGAGGGAAUUUUACACAGGGAGCUUUUCAACACCUCGUGGAAUCUCCACCGUCUGUCCCCACUCCAUCAUGGCAAAGAGUUCGCGACUCUUCUCAACAAUCAAGUCGCGCUGAAAGCGUAUGCCACGCGAUUGCGCGACCAACUCACCGGCGACGUCUUAGCUGGCCUGCAUAUUCCUACCAGCACGACCGAAGAUGAAACCUUGUCUCGAACAGGCUCAUUGAUUGACUGUCGGUGGGAAUUCCUCUCGACAAAGCAAGAGCCACGCAAAUCAUCAUUGUCCGGAAUCCUCGUCACACUCGAGUAUGAGAACAUUACAUGCAAAGCCGCUCUUCUGACUGACUCUGCUGCUGCUGAUGAUGCUGCUGCUACCGCCUCUAUCUCUGCUACAAAAAAGGCAGAGCGUAGUGGCGUGACGAUUCUACCUUUACUAUUGACAAAAUUCCCCACUGCACUCCGACAAACCUUCAUUACCUUCUUGCAAUCCACCUUUGACGCCUACUGUUCAAAUCUCCGUCUUUCAUCUGCAUUUCUAUGCACCGGACUGGAGAUCUUCCUUGAAGAAUUGCGCGGUUCGAGAGACGGCGCAAGUGCAGAUCAUCUCGUCGAAGAAGUCCUGAAAGACCUGCAACUCUCACUGGCCUUCUCCUCGUCGAUCGCGCCAGCUUUACGCAAUCUCAGUGUGAAUAUUGCGCGUGACUCGCUCGUUGGUUUUCUACAGGUUCCUUCGGAGGUCCCCGUCGCGCAGCGCAAGCCAAAGAGUAUCCUGAUUGCCAAUCUCAGUGCGUAUCUUGAAAAGCAUCUGGCUAUGAAGGUGGAUCUCGAUGGAUCGCUACAGAAUAAAGUCUCCAGACAACAUGUGCGACUUGCAAAAGUUGCCUGUGCUGCAUUCGUGCUGGGGAGCGAGGGACGAAUGAAACUCGUUGUGGGCACCGCUCAGAUGGGCGAGGACGAUGACGAGGAACGCCGGGUAUCUCCGUCCGUGAAGGCGAGCGAGACGCUGCUGCGGGCGAUUAUACGAAAGGCUACUCUUGCGGAUCUAGGCACGACUUGA